UCCUCGACCCCAUUUCUUGCUUUUCCUCCCCCUUAGUACUGCGGCCUAAGGCAAGGCGAGGCAAUCCGGCGGCGGCGGAAUGGAGAACCACCGCAUCAGUGUGAUCGACCUCGAGGAGGGGUGGGCCGACAUGGUCGCCGGCAUCGCCAAGCUCAAGCGCAUCCUCGCUGGCGAGCCCGGCGUCAGCUUCACCUCGGUCGAGCACAUCCACCUCUACACGACGAUAUACAACAUGUGCACGCAGAAGCCGCCCAACGAUUACUCGCAGCAGCUCUACGACCGCUACAAGGAGGCCUUGAGCGACUACAUCAAUUCCACCGUGUUGCCCUCCUUGAGGGAGAGGCAUGGCGAGUUUCUGCUUAGGGAAUUGGUGCAGAGGUGGAGAAACCACAAGGUAAUGGUCAGGUGGCUGAGCAGGUUCUUCCACUACCUCGACCGCUACUUCAUAGCACGGAGGUCGCUUACACCGCUCAAAAGAGUCGGCUGGAGUUGCUUCCGCGAUCUGGUUUUUAAAGAGCUCAAAGCAACAUUGACAGUGGUUGUGAUUGGCAUGGUUGACGAGGAUAGGGAGGGCCAGAUUAUAGACCGUGCUCUUGUGAAGAAUGUUCUUGAUAUCUUUGUUGAACUUGGGCAAGAUCAGCAAAAUCAAAUGGAGCUUUAUGUAGUCGACUUUGAAGAACCAUUUCGGAAGGGUACAACAGAUUACUACUCUAAGAAGGCCCAAACCUGGAUCCUGGAGGACUCUUGCUCUGAAUACAUGCUCAAGGCGGAGGAAUGCUUACAAAAAGAGAAGGAACGAGUUGCACAUUAUUUGCAUUCUUCUACUGAGCCAAAGUUGAUGGAGGAUGCACAACAAGAAUUGUUAGCUAGCCAAAUAGACCAAAUUCUGAAGAAGGAGAACUCUGGAUGCAAAGUAUUGCUUUGUGAUGAAAAGGUCGAGGAUCUAUCAAGGAUGUUUAGGCUCUUCUCUAGGAUUUAUGAUGGCCUGCCUCCAGUAUCAAAAAUAUUCAUGGAGCAUGUCAAUAAAGAAGGCAUGUCCUUGUUGAAACAAGCAAUAGAUGCUGCUACCGGCAAAAAGAAUGAGAAGAAAGACAUAGUGAGUGCGCUGGAGCUGGACUUUGUGCGGAAAAUCUUGGAGCUCCACGAAAAAUAUAUGGCAUAUGUCACUGAUUGUUUCCAAAACCAUACACUUUUUCACAAGGCACUUAAGGAGGCCUUUGAAGUUCUUUGCAACAAAGAUGUUGCUGGUUGCACUAGUGCUGAAUUGUUCGCAACAUACUGUGACAGUAUCUUAAGAAAAGGUGGAAUCGAAAAAUUAAGUGACGAAGCAAUUGAAGUGAACCUUGACAAGGUUGUCAAGCUUCUCACAUACAUCAGCGAUAAAGACCUCUUUGUUGAGUUUCAUAGGAAGAAGUUAGGAAGGAGAUUGCUAUUUGAAAAGAGUGGCUCUGAUGAACUCGAGAGAAGCAUGCUUUCCAAGCUAAAACAGUAUUUUGGAGGGCAAUUCACUUCAAAAAUGGAGGGCAUGCUCAAUGAUGUUGCAGUUACAAAAGAAGAUCAAACAAAAUUUGAAGAUCACAUAAGCACAAACCCAGGGUCAAAACCUCAGGUAGACCUGAAUGUUAUUGUUCUGACGACAGGAUACUGGCCAACUUACAAAAGCACUGAUAUAAAUCUUCCUUCAGAGAUGGUUAAAUGUGUGGAGGUCUUCAAGCAGUUUUAUCACUCCAGCAAGAAGCACAGAAAGCUUACCUGGGUUUAUUCCUUGGGAAGUUGCAACAUCCUUGGGAAUUUCGAAAUCAAACCCAUUGAGCUGAUUGUUACAACUUAUCAGGCUGCACUACUGCUGCUAUUCAAUGAAGCUGAUAGACUAAGUUACUCUGAGAUUGUGACGCAAUUAAAGCUGUCUGAUGAUGAUGCUGUGCGUGUACUACAUUCCCUCUCAUGUGCAAAGUACAAGAUUCUCAACAAAGAGCCAAGUAACAGGACAAUUUCCCCAAAUAACGUCUUUGAGUUCAACUACAAAUUUACUGAUAAGAUGCGGAGAAUAAAGGUACAACUUCCUCCAUCCGACGAGAAGAGAAAGGUUAUCGAUGACGUCAACAAGGACAGGAGGUUUGCAAUUGAUGCAUCCCUAGUGCGUAUCAUGAAGAGCCGCAAAACAAUGACCCAUCAGAAUCUCUUAGCAGAAUGUGUGGAACAGCUCAGUCGCAUGUUCAAGCCUGACAUCAAAAUGAUCAAGAGAAGGAUCGAGGACCUUAUCACCAGAGAGUACCUGGAGCGCGACAAAGAUGCUGUGAACUCGUACAGAUACUUAGCUUGAUUGAUCGAUGAAUAAUUUGCUGGCUGCUAGCCUCGCACUGGAUUCCUAGGGCUGACGUUGUGAAGUUGCAACCGGGGCAUUGCUUUCUGAAGGAUCUUGUUCAUGAUUUCUGUUGAUAUGUUCUUGCCACGCCUCAACAGUGGUGCCUCUUGUACAUUCUAUGGGGGACUUGUAUUUCAGGAUUUUCUGAAGGUUUAAGUAGCUUAGGGUUGGGUGAUACAGUGGAACACUCAACGAUUACCAUAUGUUGGUCUGUUGAACAUGUUUUAUGUUUGUAUCUUUGUGUUCCCUUUUGAGUUCUGCUAUUUCAGUUUGAUCCUGUCCUGAAUCACCAAUUUUACCGCAAGGAGAAAAAUGUUCU